CCCGCCAUGUCCGACAAGAUGGCGGCGGCCGCGGCCUGUCCGCAGCCGCAGCCCGGUCCCAGCCCCGGCCCCGGUCCUGGCCCGCCCGCGGCCGAGGCGGAGCGCGGGGGCCCGCGCGGCGGCACGGCGGACGGGGAGGCUGAGGCGGAGGAGUUCGGGUGCCCGGCGCACUGCUCCGACCUGGCCUGGCGGCAGAAUGAGCAGCGCCGCCACGGCCUGUACUGCGACAUCACGCUGGCUUUCGGCGGCGCGGGCAUGGCCCGCGAGUACCGGGCGCACCGGUCCGUCCUGGCCGCCGCCACCGAGUACUUCACGCCACUGCUCUCGGGAGGGUUCGCGGAGUCGCGCUCGGGCCGCGUGGAGCUGCAGAAGUGGAGCUCGGAGGGCGGCCCCGACCCCGACACGGUGGAGGCCGUUAUCGGUUUCAUGUACACCGGCACCAUCCGCGUGAGCCCCGGCAACGUCCAUGAGGUGCUGGAGAUGGCGGACAGGUUUCUGCUCACCCGGCUGAAGGACUUCUGUGGAGAGUUUCUGAAGAAGAAACUGAACCUCUCCAACUGUGUGGCAGUUCACAGCUUGGCCCACAUGUAUUCCCUGAAUCAGCUGGCCCUCAAAGCACAGGAUAUGAUCAGGAGAAACUUCCACAAAGUCAUCCAAGAUGAGGAAUUCUACACUUUGCCAUUUCACCUUGUCCGGGACUGGCUCUCAGACUCGGAGAUCACGGUGGACUCUGAAGAAAUCCUCUUUGAGACUGUUUUGAAGUGGGUUCAGAAAAAUCCUGAGGAAAGAGAGAGGUAUUUUGAAGAUCUCUUUAAGCUGCUAAGGUUGUCUCAGAUGAAACCCACAUACCUGACACGCCACGUCAAAUCUGAGCACCUGGUGUUGAGCAACGAGGCCUGUGUGAAGUUGGUGUCUGAGGCUGUGGAGAGCCAUGCCCUGCGCUCUGAGAACCUGCAGUCUGGGAACCUGCAGCAUUCCGCCUGUCCUGCCGCGCUGCUGCCGCGCUUCGGCCAGAACAUGGACGUCAUCAUGGUCAUCGGCGGUGUCUCUGAGGGCGGUGACUACCUGAGCGAGUGUGUGGGCUACUUCAUCAAUGAGGACAGGUGGGUGAACCUGCCUCACAUCCACAACCACCUGGAUGGGCAUGCCGUGGCCGUGACAGAGUCCUACGUGUAUGUGGCUGGCUCCAUGGAACCGGGCUUUGCCAAAACUGUGGAAAGGUACAAUCCAAACAGAAAUAUUUGGGAGCAGGUUUCAAACCUAAUCACCAGGAAGCAUUCCUUUGGCCUUACUGAAGUGAAAGGCAACUUGUACAGUAUUGGUGGACACGGCAAUUUCAGUCCAGGCUUUAAGGAUGUGGCUAUUUAUAAUCCUGAGCAGGACAAAUGGCUGAACCUGGAGUCAGCACCAAAGAUCCUGAGGGAUGUCAAAGCUGUCUCCGUGGAGGACCGGUUUGUGUAUGUGGCUGCCCGCACCCCGGUUGACAGCGACAGCGAGGAUGGGCUGAGGGCUGUUAUUAUCAGAUAUGAUGUUGAAACCAGGCAGUGGCAGGACGUGGAGUCCCUGCCUCUCAUUGACAACUACUGCUCCUUCCAGAUGUCUGUUGCCAACACCAACUUCUACCACACAGCAUCGUGCUGCCCCAAGAGUUACCCUAUAGAUAAUGAGGAGGCCAAGGGAAAAAUCUCCAACAGGGCCUCAGAUGAAAUCCUAGAAUCCUUGCCCCCCGAGGUCCUGAGCAUUGAAGGAGCAGCUAUCUGUUACUACAAAGAUGAUGUGUUUAUCAUCGGGGGGUGGAAGAACAGCGAUGACAUUGACAAGCAGUACAGGAAGGAGGCCUAUCGCUACUGCGCUGAGCGGAAGCGCUGGAUGCUCCUGCCCCCAAUGCCACAGCCCCGCUGCAGAGCCACUGCCUGCCAUGUCAGAAUCCCCUUCAGGUGCCUGCAGGGAACACAGAGGUACCCCAUGCCACAAAAUCUCAUGUGGCAAAAAGAUAGGAUAAGGCAAAUGCAGGAAAGGCAGAUGCAGGAGAUACACCGAUACUCCCUGAGCUUACGAAGGAUGCCACGCUCCCAGAUCGAGUGCUAG